AAGCCGACAAACUUAUCGGGUGCGUGGGAGGACAGGUGUAGCGAGCACUGCAUCGUGCUUUGAUGGAUCGGGUAUCGAUGGGUAUCGAGGUCCUAUCUCCUGUAGGAUACGGAGUUGGGUUCAUGACUAAUCUCAUUUUCUCUUUGAUACAAUUAUUUACAGAUUUAUAACGCCAACCGCCGUCCAUCUGGCGGCACCAAUUGUCAAGUUCUAGAAAGGUCCGAAGUUGUGCGCAAAUCCGCAGACGCUGCGCAGAACGAUUGCGCCUUGUUUGACGAAGUACUACUGCGCAUGUGUGGACGGAAUCUUUGCGUUGGCAGUACUAGACGGCACGGGAUAACGACACUUUGCCGUGCUCCAGUAUGGUGAGGAGGUCGACUGACGACGCCGUUGUUCCUGGGUUGCGUAACCACGUGUAGUCGAGCUCGAACGGUGUGCAACGACGUUCAGUUUGGCGGUGAGCGGGGAUUCCACUUCAGGGAGCGGGUUGCCCAGCUCGACCGUGCCCGACGCAGAUCCGGAGAUAUGCCGGCGAGUCGAUUCGGGGCUCGCUAGCGCCGAGGAUGCGCACCGAGCCGCGCUUCCGAUCACGGUAGCGAACGUAGACGACCCUCUCGUGCUCGACAUGUCCGGGGUUCAGAGCUCGAGCUCCACGGGGAACACGAGACUGCUCCCCACCUUCAGCGCGCUCAAAUAUGAGCACCUCAUCGCCGGGGUUUCGGGUGGCGUCAUCUCGACCUUGAUGCUACAUCCCCUUGACCUGAUCAAGAUCAGAUUCGCAGUAAACGACGGUGUCACCAAAUCGACUCCUAACUAUACUGGACUUCGAAACGCUAUUACAGAGAUCGUCAGGUCGGAGGGGCUGCGUGGGCUUUACAGGGGAGUAACGCCGAACAUUGUUGGAUCGGGUGGAUCUUGGGGAUUUUACUUUUACUUCUAUAAUUAUAUAAAGCUAUGGAUCCAAGGCGGAAAUGCGAAGAAGCCUUUAGGGCCUUAUGGCCAUAUGUUUGCAGCAGCGGAUGCUGGUAUUUUCACGCUGCUCAUUACGAAUCCGAUCUGGGUAGUAAAAACUAGAUUGUGUUUACAAUACGCUGGACAAGUGAGCGUCGAUGAAUCAAAAAGAUACAAGGGAAUCUUAGAUGCAGUUAGAAAGAUCUACGUCACGGAGGGUAUUAGGGGUCUCUACAAGGGUUUAGUUCCUGGAAUGUUUGGCGUGUCUCAUGGUGCCAUUCAAUUUAUGACGUAUGAGGAAAUGAAAAACAGAUAUAAUACAUACCAGAAUCUCCCCAUUGACAAUAAGUUGAGCAUAUUGGAGUACAUUGUUUUUGCGGCAGUGUCAAAAUUAAUAGCUGCAGCCACAACUUAUCCUUAUCAAGUGGUAAGGGCUCGUCUUCAGGAUCAACAUCAUAGCUACAAGGGAACUCUGGACUGCAUUCAGCUGACUUGGAGGGGUGAAGGUUGGCGUGGCUUUUACAAAGGUUUAGGGGUAAACCUUACCCGAGUGACACCGGCGACUGUUAUCACCUUCGUUGUCUACGAAAACGUGUCUCACCAUCUGCUGCAAUUGAACGCAGUUAAUAUCGAAGAUGUGACAGCCUCGAGUCCGUUACCGAUAAAACAUGCCAGAAGCUAAAUCGCUGCAGCUAACGGACAGGAGGAAAACGGGGACCGGGACCUUAUCAAGAUACUUAUUUCGAUCUCGCUCAACUUUGGAUUAAUUUCGGCACCUGCUAUGAAGAUGCGGUCUUAUCGGAUGCGACUCCUGGACCGGUGCUCCGAUCGAAAUGAUUUUAAUCAUUCGGGUUCUCGAUAGGGAAUCACUCGGAUGGUCACGAUACGUGAUAACAAGUGUUUAGUAAUUUACGGUAAUGUCGUGCCAUAGUACAGCCGGUGUCAGUAUAGAUGAAAUCAGCUGACGAUUUGAUUACGCAUGAUACAUUACAUGUAAGUCACUAUUGAGCAUAUCCGAAGUAAACAAGACUUUGUGCAUGUUUAAUCACUUGGUUAAGGAAGAUCUUGAAGUAUCGGUCUAACUGAAUUACAAUCACUAAGCCAUUAUCGACGAGCACACUAUUCGUAUUGAUAACUACCAGUAUAAUUAUUCGGUAUAGAAUAAUUGUCGAGGAUAAUUUCGAUCAUUCCGAUUGCGGCUACAUUUUCGAUGUCUUUUUUUUCUUUCUGCGUGUCAUAGAUUAUUCGUGCGUACCGAGUUUGUGAAAUUCGUAGGACAAGUGAUCACGCUCAUUUAGUUCUCACAUUUUCCUAUAGGUUUUACCUCGUGCGGCGUAUCUCUAAUUUUAAGAUUCUUUGUUUUUAAUUACGCUGAAUAUUUAUCUCAUGAUUUUUUUUUCUCACAUAGCCAUGCACUAUAUUUAAUUUCUGCCGCAUAAAAAUUGGAAUUCCAUACAUUUCUAAUAAGGGGAUCACUGAAAUAGUAAGUAAGGAACUGAUGUACGCUCGCUGUGUAUUUAAUUUGAAUGGGAGUUACGGUAAUUUGAUAAAGCGAAGGAUGCGCAAAUGAAUUGUUAGCACCGACGUGUCCCGUGCACGAAAUCUGAUUAAAUUUCGGAAUUUGAAAAUGAGAGGCUCAUUCAAAGCGAUGCUUUUCGUGUCAUCGUGAAUUCUCUACGGAAUGAUGUUUCAUUAUUUUUUUCUAGUAAUGGGAAGAAGGAGAUAGGUAGAUGAUGGAUUUUUUUAAACCGUUAAUUACCUGACGUCUAUUUCUCUCUAUUGUUAGAGGUUACUGAUACUGUGCGGAGUUUCGAAUAAGAUUUUUGUUCCAUGUAAUGUCCGUUCCGGGUUGAUUCGAUUACUUUUAGUCGGUUUAUAAUCGAGCUCUUAAGGGAGGUAACUAUAAGGGAUAUAUCGUUUUUCAAUUCCAGACUGCUUAGUCCGUAGUAACUAAAUGUGUAGAAUGCCGAAACUGCAGUCUUCUGUACGCAUGCGUAUAACGAGGGUGUAGAUUAUAAGUGUUCGAUGUGAAGCGUUACACCUUCGAUCUUUCCUUUCAUGCACGUGUGCAGGGGAUGCAGGAUGAAAAAAUAAAUAGCAACGAAAGCGA